GAGCCGGGACGCGGCGCCGGGCUCCGCACCCCGCGGAGCGGCCCAGCCCGGCCCAGCCCCGGAGCCAUGCCGCUGCCGUGCCGGGGCUGGACGCUGGCGCUGCUCACGCUGCUGGUCGGGUUCCUCAUCUUCGCCGAUAUCUCGGAGAUCGAGGAGGAGAGCGGGAGUUCUGGAGGCAGAGGUACAAUCAGAUCAGCUGUGAACAGCUUACAUAGCAAAUCUAAUAGAGCUGAAGUAGUUAUAAAUGACUCCUCGUCUCCAGCUGUUGUUGACAGAAGUAAUGAAAGCAUUAAGCACAACAUUAAACCAGCUUCAUCCAAAUGGAGACACAACCAGACACUCUCUUUGAAGAUCAGGAAACAGAUCUUGAAGUUCCUGGAUGCAGAGAAGGACAUUUCAGUGCUGAAGGGGACACUGAAGCCGGGGGACAUCAUCCACUACGUCUUUGACAGGGACAGCACCAUGAACGUCUCUCAGAACCUGUACGAGCUGCUGCCCCGCACCUCUCCCCUCAAGGGCAAGCAGUUCCCCACCUGUGCCAUCGUGGGCAACUCGGGGGUCCUGCUCAGCAGCGGCUGCGGCCCCGAGAUCGACGCACACAGCUUUGUCAUAAGGUGCAAUCUGGCCCCUGUCCAGGAGUACUCGCAGGACGUGGGCAUGAAGACAGACCUGGUGACCAUGAACCCCUCGGUCAUCCAGCGGGCCUUUGAGGACCUGGUGAACGAGACUUGGAGGGAGAAGCUGCUGCAGCGCCUGCACAGCCUCAACGGCAGCAUCCUCUGGAUCCCGGCCUUCAUGGCCAAGGGGGGCAAGGAGCGAGUGGAGUGGGUGAACGAGCUCAUCCUGAAGCACCACAUCAACGUCAGGACUGCCUACCCCUCGCUGCGCCUGCUGCACGCUGUCCGAGGGUACUGGCUGACCAACAAGGUGCACAUCAAGCGACCCACCACUGGCCUCCUCAUGUACACCUUGGCCACUCGCUUCUGCAACCAGAUCUAUCUCUACGGCUUCUGGCCCUUUCCCCUGGACCAGAACCAGAACCCGGUCAAAUACCACUACUACGACAGCCUGAAGUACGGCUACACCUCGCAGGCCAGCCCGCACACCAUGCCCUUGGAGUUCAAAGCCUUAAAGACGCUGCACCAGCAAGGAGCCUUGAAGCUGACUGUGGGGGAGUGCGAUGGGGCCACGUAGGGUGGUCCCCGGCCAUGUUCCUGCACAGCCAUGGGAGGAAGGGGAGGGGGCGGAAAGGACAAGUGGUGCCUGGUGGGGUUGGUUGUCUUUGUUAACGCGCAGGACAGUGACACAAAUACAUAUACGUGGUACCUAUAUAUAUUGACCUGAGUAUUAUAACUGUUUGGUGUUCACCAAGGGAGGGGCAGGAGAGGUGCGGGAGCAUCUGGCGUGACGGGCAGGGCCCCUUGCUGUGGGCUUGCUGGGCUCGAAGGGCAUUCGCCCUGUGCCCAAAAGAUGUGAAGGUGGCCUUGGUUUUUGAGGGUAUGUUGGGUGAUGGGUAAACGUAAGCUGUUUGUUGUGACUGGUCCGAGGUGGGUAGUUAGUUUGUUUGGCCGAGGGCGCUGGCGCUGGCACCGCAGCGAGGUGCGUUCUUGGCCCCGUGCUCGUGGCGGGGAGGGAAAGGGGCAGGGAACGGGGUGGGCAGGGAAGGUUUGUUGGUGGCUCUCAAGGCCGAGAGGCUGUCCACGGCUCUGAGCGGGACCAGUCCACCCAGCAGGGAUCAGUGCCCGGCAGCUGUGCACAGAUCCGUGCAAAUAUAGACAGCCCUUGGAGAGGGGAGGGAGAAGCCUCCAGGGCUGCAGCUGUAUCUCCAGGGGGUGGCAGGGAGCAGUGCUGAGCUGAUCCCAGUGACAUUCACAUGGAGGAGUGUGAGGGCCUCCCGAGAAGAGGAGCGUCAGUGUUGAGCCAGGCAGACAGUGAGGAGGAUGCUGAAAGUGUAUUUCUCUUCCUUUUCUAAUAGGCAAGAAAGGAGCAGAGAUUCUGGAACGUGGCAGGAAGGAGGUUUGCUACUGCAAACCGGCACUGUUAGUAUUAAGUGUCUCACUGUGCCACAAAGACACUCAACAUCUGUCAGGGCUCGUGAAAACCAUAAGUACAUCCAGCUCUUAAUUCCCAGCUGGUAUCUGCUAAGCAGCCUGCCUUCUCUCCCCCUCCAGAAAUAAUUGCCGAAAUACGGGUGAUAGGCCUGGACCCAGCAAAGCAGAAAGACUGCAGGACUUCAAGGGGCUUUGUUGAGUCUAAAUAAUUUAUUUUCAGUUUCUCCACAAAGAACCAGCACACAGCACGGAAUUCCUGAAGUUCCACUCUGUCCGUCCUUUCAAGCCCUAAUUAUCUCUUACUC